AAAAGAUCGAAUGUUUCCGAUUACUGGCAGCCAUCUUGAAAUAUCAGAAAAUUGACAGCAUCAGUAAAAUUCUUACUGUAUUUUAACCGAAUCAAAAUGUCUACAUUUGUUCGUGUAACAGACAAUGAGUCUGAAGAACCAAUCGAAAUACCAACGGAGGACGAUGGCAUGGACCAAGAUGGAACCAUUUUGCUCUCGUCGUUAGUAGCCCAAUUUCCUGGCGCAUGCGGGCUGAAGUACCGCUCCGACAGCGGUUCUCUCCGAGGAGUUCGCCUGGCAAACGGCAGCCUGUAUCCACCAAAUGGCUCUUGGGGGGACACUGCGUACAUUGUGAAUUUUCCCAAAGCCACAGAAACCAAAAGAAAAGUGGAUGAAGAUGCGGAAAGCCCAGUUUCAUCCAAAAUGAAGAGAGUGGACACACGUAAAUGUACAGAUCUGAUAGUGUUGGGACUGCCCUGGAAGAGUACAGAAGAUGACAUGAAGGAAUAUUUUCAGCAGUUUGGUGAUCUAGUCUUGACACAAGUGAAAAGAGAUGUGAGGACUGGGCAGUCGAAGGGUUUCGGUUUCAUCAAGUUCAAGGAAUAUGAGGCCCAGAUGCGCUGUCUCGCCACGAGACACAGGAUUGAUGGCAGGUGGUGCGAGGUCAACCUACCCAACUCUCAUGUUGAGGCCAGUAAUAAUUCCACAAACAGAAAGAUCUUUGUCGCCAGAUGCACUGAGGACAUCACAAACGAGGACCUUCGUGAGCAUUUUGACCAGUUUGGGGAAGUGAUAGAUGUGUUUAUUCCAAAGCCGUUCCGAGCGUUCGCCUUUGUCACUUUCUCUGAUCCGAAUGUGGCUGAGAAGCUAUGCGGAGAAGACCAAAUAAUAAAGGGGGCCAGCGUCCACAUCAGCAGCGCUGAACCCAAGGGCAAGGACCACCAAGGGGAGAGGGGCAUGGGUGGGGGUCAGCGGGGCGGAAACAUGAUGUCCCGGUCGAAGGGUCCUAAAGAGGAGCCGAUGCCCAGUGGCGGCCAGUGGGCCCCAAACGCUAGACAACCAGACGCUAUGGCAAUGGAACCCACCCUGAAUAACAUCGGGAUGAACAUGAUAAGCUCGGCUAUGCUUGCAGCUGCGCAGGCCAUGUUUCAAGGGGCUCAGAAUCCCAGCUCGGAGAGUUAUCAGCUGGGUCCGGGGUUUGGAGGUACGCGAGAUAGCAGGGCCAUGGGGACCUACAACAGUGCUAACUGGAACAGUGGCGGAGAUGGUGGUUCUGGGCAGAAUAGCUAUUCCCAGUGGGGCAGUAAGUCCGGGGGUGGAGGAGGGUACAGUAACAGCUCUUCCAGCAGUAGGAGUAACUGGAAUUAGGGAAGGGUAUUCUAGGCGGGCACUUUGGGAUUUUUUAUGCCCCCAGAUUGAAUGAUCAGGGGUAUAUUGUUUUUGGCCUGUCUGUCUGUGUGUCUGCCACAAAACUAACCUUGGUCAUAACUUUUGUAAUAUUAAAGAUAGCAACUUGAUAUUUGGCAUGCAUGUGUAUCUCAUGGAGCUGGACAUUUUGAGUGGUGAAAGGUCAAGGCUAUCUUUCAAGGUCAAAAGUCAAAUAUAUGGCUUCAAAGUGGCGCAGUAGGGGGCAUUUUGUCUCUGACAAACACAUCUCUUGUUUGUCUGUCAAGUGAUACUUUAAAUUGAAGGUUGGGUGCAGAAAUGUUGUAUCUGCUUAACAUUUCUGUAUGAGAUACCACAGUCUAACACUAGAACCUCGUUUUGCUAGUUAUUAACCUCCUGUCCUAAAUUAUGUCAGUGAACAGAUGUUAUGAGAACUAUCAUAUCAAUUGUGUCAAUAUAAAGGAAAUACCUAAAUUACAUCAGAAAGUAUUCGAAAACUCUUUUUUGCUUUAAAAAUAAGUAUCUUUGUCCAGGGUGUGAUUUAGGUGCGCAAAUACUUUAAGCCAUUGUAAUGUAUGUAUUUGCUAAUAGCACAAAAAUAUGCCCCUGGAAUCAUGUGGAGUGGCCAUGAAAGAAUAGUACACUCAAACUGUGAGAUGCCUGGGGCAAGUGUGUGAUACAGCCUGGGUAAAAUGUGUGAAACACUCAUAGCGUGGGUGAAAAACUGGCCUCCAGUGAGACAUGGGAGACGGGUGUAAAAUUGACUGCAAGAACGGUUAUUGUGUAUAGAUUUUGUGUAUGUGAAGAUGUAUAUGAGAAGAACUAUCUUCUUGUUGCGUUUUUUAUGCCCCUGGAUCGAAAGAUUGGGGGCAUAUUGCUUUUGGCCAGUCUGUCUGUCAUUCAUUCAUUGUUUGUGUCCCAAAACUUUAACCUUGGUUAAAGUUUUGCAAUAACUUUUGCAUUAUUGAAGAUAGCAACAUGAUAUUUGGCAUGCAUGUGUAUUUCAUGGAGCUGCACAAUUUGAGUGGUGAAAGGUCAAGGUCAUCCUUCAAGGUCAAAGGUCAAAUAUAUGGCUUCAAAGCGGCGCAAUAGGGGGCAUUGUGUUUCUGACAAACACAUCUCUUGUUGAAUGAUGAUGUUUUUGUUUUGUGUGAGUCAUGUGAUGUAAAACUGGCUGCAAUAAUAAUAAAACAUGUUCAUAUUAUCAUGUAUUUCAAAGGUUUCGUAAGAAGAACUAUCAGCAAAAUGUUAAAUUGAAUGAUUUUUGAUAAGUAUGUGUGUCAUGUUGUGUGUUUGAAAUCAGGCCCUAUUUUGUAAAUUGUUACACCUAAUAUUGCUACUAUAUGAAUUUACAUUUCAUUUGAUUUUAUCUCUUUUGAAUCUAAUGUGUUGUAACUUUUGUUUUGUAUGCUUUUGUUUGUUUUUUGAGAGAAAUAAAAGGAACAAAGAGAGAGAGUUGUGCAACAUAUUUUAAUGAAGCUUUAUGCAAGUGAUAACUUGAGAAAGUGAGAUGGCAAUAACCAUUGGAAAGUGAUUCAGUAUUGGAAAAUGUGGAAUAUGUAACAGUGGUUGUUGUGAAUAUCAUAAAAUAUUGCUUUUAUAGAAGUGCAAGGAUCUGGAAAAAUUAGAAAUGUGAGUAGAAAGAUCUAAAAUAUAAAAAUCUGAUGAAAGGGCGUGGGAAUUUAGUAGACAAGUAAGUACACAGACCUGACUGGUGAGAAAAGAAUGGUACAUGAUCCAGGGUAGAAGAGAAUGGGAAGAGUGCGGCACAACAUGGUGUGAGAUGGUGAAUGGCCGAGAGACGAAUGUGAGACUGGAUCACUCCGAGGUGGAAGAAAUAGAAAAACCUGAAACCUGGAAUCUUAACAGAAUGCCACCGUGGACACAGGAAACUAACUACACUUGCCUUGUCCUUGAGCAAGGGGUGCAUAGGAGACUUCCAUUUAGUCAUUUGGCGUCUAUCGCUGCAUGAGGCAGCCACCUAACGGAUUGUAGACAACCUGUAGGUCAACCCACCUAAGGGCGUAUAAGAUACAACCUCGAGAAAAGACAACCAACACAUUGGAGACAACCAACGGGAGCAUCGAAGAUGUACAAUACUGUCAGGAGUGCUCCUGCAAUUCAUAUGAACCAAGCAGUGUCUUUUAUCAUGAACGCUUGUGUGGAGUCAAUGUGCAUGUUAACCAUGUGGCAAGCUUGAACAAUACUAAAAAAAUAUAUAUAAUUAUAAUAUAAAUAAGCUGUGCUCUGUGAAAAGAGGGUUUAAUGCCUGUGUGUAAAGUGUUGUCCCAGAUUAGCCUCUGCAGUACGCACAGGCUAAUCAGGGAUGACACUCCGCGUUUAUGAUAUUUUCUGUGUACAAAAAAGUAUCUUCUAAGCAAAAAUACAGUUAAGGCAGAAAGUGUUGUCCUAGGACAACACUUGAUGCACAUGCAUUAAACAUCCUUUUCACAAAGCACUGCUCAAAUACUGUUUUUUUUUAAAGUUGGGCUCAUUUUUGCUUGUUGAGCAUUCUUUUAAAUCAAUUAGAUACUCAAACCUUAUUUCCAAUGUCAAACUGACAGUUUAUUCUGCAGCAAUUAUGAAGGUUAUUAAUGUGCAAAAUGUUCAAUAAACAAGUUGCUUGCUAUUUUAGGUUUUGGGCCAGACUAGCAAAGCCGGUGAGGUUGGGCAAUCAUUAUUCUGUAAUUUUGUUAAUUUAGUUUUGUAUUCCAGUCAUUUUUAUGCUUUUGGUAGGGUGGCAUAUAGCAGUUGAAUUGUCGGUCUGUCUGUCAGUCUGUGUGUCUGUCUGAAAACUUUAAAAUUGACCAUAACUUUUGCAAUAUUGAAGAUAGCAACUUCAUGUUUGGCAUGCAUGUGUAUCUCAUGGAGCUGCACAUUUUGAGAGGUGAAAGGUCAAGGUCAUCCUUCAAGGUCAAAUAUAUAGCUACAAAGCGGCGCAAGUAGGGGACUAGUGUUUCUGACAAAACACAUCUUGUUUCAGAUUUCUUUUCAUAUAUCUUCAUGAAAGUUUACACAUAUGUUCCUUUAUUUGCUCAGACACUUUCCAGUGGUAAAUGAAUCUUACUUUCCAAUUCCUAGGCAAGCAUCCACCAGACAACUGUUGCACAAAAUAAAAUUAGUGUAAUAAACAUCUCGAAGCAAUUAAUCUCUGUUUUGUGAAUUGUGUAAGCACAGUAAAAUGCUGGGAUUCAAUAAAUUGCAUCAAAUAUU